UGCAGAGAUUUAUUAAUAAAUUAAUUACAGUCAAGUUCAGCCAACGUUUAGUUGAAAUUAAAAAAAAAUAGUUUGGUAGAAAAGAAAAUAAGAAUACUAAGUUUCCCUACCUUGUAUCAUCUCAACUAUAUUCCCGCCAUACACAAAUUAAAAUGUUCCCGCUUUUUUAUCAAUUUAAUUAUUGAUAAUAUUUCUAUUUUCUUUCAACAUUUCAAUUUUCGUUUUCCGUUGCUUUUAUGAAUUAUGAUUUAUUAACUAUUUUACCAAUCUUGAAUUGUAAAACUUUCGGGCAUUGUUUUACAUUCUUCUGUCUUAUUAACCCACUCAUAAUAAAGUAUGUCAAGUUAAUAACAAGUUUUUGUUUGUAGUUAAGUUUUUAGUACCUCCACUACUAAAUAAUAAAAUGGCAUCGAAUGAAUUGGAUAGAGAGAGCAAAGCAGCUAUUUUCAAUAAUUUAGACUUGUACGGGAAAUUAGAAUCAAUUCUUAAAGGACGUAACAAAAUAAUAUAUAAAAAAGAUUUAAAAUUACCUUGUGCACUUGCUGAUGAUAAAGAUCUUGUGGACAUUUUGGCUCAGGACGAUGCACCAACAUUUAGAAAAAAUAAAAGGUUAGAAGCUAAAGAAAAAGCUAUUGCCGAUUUGAUUGAUGAUGUACGCAAACUAAAAAGGUCAUCAGAAAUAGAAAUGGAUUUUCCAAUUGAAUCCAGUAGAAAUGAAGCCGAAGAGGUUAAUCAAGCAAUAUCACGUCUUCGUCAGCAGUCGGAAAAGAUAUUUAAACAAAUCAUAGUUUCAGAAAAUAAUAGUCAUAUAAAAACUCAUUCUAAAAUAAUUGAAGAAACGUGUAAAUAUGAUAGAGGAAUAGAUGCAAUUAUUCGUUGUGAUAAAGACACACUAGCUAAGAGCGUCAAUAAAGACUUUCAGCCUAUAACUGUAGAUGAGUUUAAGAACGAGUACAACAAUUUAGCGCAAGGUGUUUUGAACAAUAUUUAUGAUGAUGGUUUGAAAACUGCAAAAAACCAUGAACACUUCUUAGCCAUUAAGAAGUUUAACAAGCCAAAUCUAAACCGAUCAAAUAUUGAGGCUGAAGUAGUCACAACAGGAGUUCUAGAUCCUUUCACUAGACAACCGAUAACCAGACCCAUACGUAAUAAGUUGUGUAAUCAUAUAUACGAUCAAGAUUCUGUGGAACUCAUGUUCCACGCUCGAUCAGUUGUACCUUGUCCAUACAUCGGAUGUACUAACAAGCACUUUACCAAAAAAGAUCUAUUGGAGCACAAUACAUCUGGUACUUCUAACAACCAAUAAACGUUAAAUGUAUAUUAUACAUUUUUUUAUUAGACUUAUGUUGUUUGCUUAAAACGUUUCUAACUAUUAAAUUACAAAGUUGGCAAUUUUUUUUUUUUAAAUUUAAAAUCCAUCAAAAAAUGGAUUGAAGUACAAAAAAAACUGUGUAAUUUGACAAAGCUAUUAUAACAAUAUAGGUUAUAUAAAUGUUAGUUAUAAACUAUAAAUACACAAGGAAAUUUCUCUAUUUUAUAAUUAUACAUGUUAAUCAU